AGUAAAGUCUGUGCCUGGUCCUCUAUCUUUGUCGGCCAUUUUGAUCUCUGCUGUCGUGUCAGGAGUUAAUUUUGCUUCCCAAUCACACCUUUCGAGCUCAUUGUGCCCCGUUAUGGCUGAAACAACACUGAAGUUCGGUCCGGAAUGGCUUCGGGCCCUCACGCAAACCAACGGAGUGAGCGCUGCGCCUACAACGGCGGGGCCAGCUAAGUACAAGCUUGCGGAUUAUCGGUACGGGAGAGAAGAAAUGCUGGCACUUUUUGAGCAGUCUGCAUGUAUGCCCGAACCGUUACGAGAAUUCCAACACCUGGCAGUCGAGAAUUCUCAGUUGCCGCUCGCACUUGUGACAAUGACCGAGGACGAGCAACGGAUCUGGUCCCGAUCGGUGAAUAGUGACGCAGUACUGAGGCUGACCGUCGGUAAGGGGGCAGCUUCGGGUGCGGGGCCUGGUCGAGGCACGCGAGGAGUUUCCGUGGACCGUGGACGGGGCCGAGGUCGUGGCGGCACUUAUCAAAGGGGCCUGAACAGCGAGGAUGGUGGAGACAACCAGUUUGGUGCGUUUAUACGGCCUCGACCGUUUGAGCGCAGCCAGAGCCUCAGUGAGCGCGACCAGCGGUGGGACGAGAAAAAACCCGACCGCCAGUUCCAGGGGAGGCCCAGCUUUGACGGAGAUACCUCGACAGUUUUUCGGAAGGAAGGGAGACCCGUGGAUAACUGGCGGUCCGGUCACGCGGAGGAGGACGAGAAUUGGAGAAGCAAGGUAUCAGCACAGCAGCCGACAGAAAAAUGGAAGUCGUGGAGAAACCACAAGGCUGACGAUGAAGAUGCGUCAGCGCCCGAUGGGUCGGUCAAGAAGGACAGCAAUCGACAUUGGAUUGAGGACCAUGGCUCACUAUCCUCUGAACAGCUGCCAGAGUGGAUAGAAGAGCAAGGGGAUACAGAAAAAGUGGGAAUAUUUGACGGCAAAGGUGGCUUCUUGGAGACUAAGGACUCUGACGAAGAAAACUGGGAGGAGGAGGUCCCUGUAAAGCCUCCAGAGAUUCCCAAACCACAAAGGGAAAACAAAGGGGCAUCAUCAAAGGAGGUGACACCAGUGUCUUCGAAAACUGAUGUCACAGCUAGGCCAUCAUCCCCAGCUCCUGCACAGUCUUCACCUCCAAAACCACCAAAGUUGCCAACAAGAAGUCCACCCAAGGCAGUUCCGUCCCAUCCGGACACACAAGCAAGCUUGCCACCUGGAAAUAGUUUGAGGCAAAGUUGUCAGGAUGCUUUGAAAGGUUCAUCACCAAAAGAAGAUAGCUUUGCUCACCUUGCAAAGGCAGCCGAAAACUUGAUGGCAGAAUGGACAGCUGAAGAAGAGAAAAAGUUUGUGUCUCACUCUGUGGCUGGGGACCAGAGCACACCAGAACAGUUUUACAAAUGGCUCUACAAAGACCCACAGGGUGAUGUACAAGGACCAUUCACUUCAGCUGAAAUGAGAGAAUGGUUUGAUGCAGGCUACUUCACAAUGGAACUCAUGGUGAAACGAGUGUGUGAUGCUGCAUUUUCAAAAUUAGGUGCCCUAAUUAAAAGCUGGAAUGCUGUGCCCUUUGCAAUAACUCACCAACCACCACCACUCAAACAACCUGCAGGUACAGAUGUCAGUGCUCCACCAAACCUGGGUAUACCAAGUCUCAGUGCUGCAUGCCUCAGUACACCCAGCCUCAGUACACCUAGCCUCAGUACACCUGGCCUCGGCACUCCCAGCCUCGGCGCUCCCAGCCUCGGCGCUCCCAGCCUCGGCGCUCCCAGCCUCGGCACUUCCAGCCUCGGCGCUUCCAGCCUCGGUGCUCCCAGCCUCGGCACUCCCAGCCUUGGCCCACCCACACUUGGCAUGCCAAACAUGACUCACCCAGGGCUAGCAGGCCUCCUUCCAAGCACAUUAUCCUACUCUGCACACCAGCAGUACAUGCAAGAAAUAUACCGAGCUACCGCUAUGCAACAGAUCAUGAACCACUUAAAGACAAACGAAGCAUUUGCAACCCUACCACCGGUGGAACAGAACAGAAUCUGCUUGCAGUACUACAUGGCUUCCCAUCCGCUAUCCAGGCCAGCAGGGUUUGGAGAGCCGGCACCAUUAAUGAACCUCCUGGGCUCCAUGGGUAUGCCAUCCAUUUAUGGUGUUCCCCAUUCUGUUCCAAAGGAUCGCAUAACUGAGGGGUGGCCACAAACACCGACUACGUCAUCUGCAACGUCGUCAGGAGAAAGUCGUCCGCUGAGUGUUUGGGACACUGACCCCAGCAUAGUUGCAGCUUCCAUUGCGGAGCCUCCUAGAACGUUGACAGAUUCCCUGUGGAGGACUCCUGUUAUGUCACAGAACCUGAUUGCAGAGCAGGCCAUCGCAAAAGAACAGGAAGAGCAUCGUCUGCAAGAGCUUAGGAAGCAUGAGGAGGCAAGGCUAGAAGAAGAAAGAAAAAGAGCCAUAGAAGAAGCCAAGAGGUUAGAGGAACAGAGAGAGCUAGAAGAGAAAAGGCGUCUCGAAGAAGCCGAGAGAGCCAGGCUUGAACAAGAACGAGUUGAAGCGGAGAGGAAACGCAAGGAAGAGGAGGAGAUACAAAGGUUAGAAGAAGAGAAGAGGAAACGGGAAGAAGAAGAAGAGAGGCUGAGAAAGCAGAAGGAAGAGGAGGAACAGCAAAAGCGGGAGGAAGAACUUUUGUGGCAGCAAAGGUUGGAAGAUGAGAGGAGGGCUAAGGCUGAGAGGAAAAAGAGAGAGGAGGAGCAGAGGAAAGCAGAAGAAAAACGGAAGCAAGAAGAGGCAAAAAGGGCGGCUGAAGAAAAGAAGAAGCAGGAAAAAGCAAUGGAACAAGCAAAAGCUGCCAGUGAAAAUUCUACAUCACUGAAAAGCCCAAGCAAGUUGGCUGUUAUUGACAUUGAUGAAUUCAUUGCACUCAAGCAGUCGAAACAGCCACCAAAGGCAGAGUUGCUCAAGUUUGAGAAACCACAACAAGCUCAUGUGUGGGGCAGCAGUUCCAGUCAGCCUGCUUCUACUCUCUCUCUAGCUGAAAUCCAAAGGUUGCAAGAAGAGAAGGAACGUGCUGCAAUGGCAGAGAAGAUGCAGCAGGCACGUAAACAACAAGAAGCACUAAUUGCUAUGCAGCAACAGCAACAACAGCAGCAACAGCAACAACUGAAAGCAUCCUUGUCAUGGGCAUCAAAGGCCUCAUCAGUGCCCGUUAAAUCCCUGUCCGAGAUCCAGCAAGAAGAGGCAGAGAGGGCUGACAAACUGAGGCGUGCACAGCAGCAGCAAAAGCAACAGCGUCAUCAGGAACCCAGUUACCACCUCCCAGGUGCCUGGGGUGGUACUUCGAACAACUUGCUCAAGACGUUCAACAACACCUUCCAAUAUCUGGAGCAUGCUCCUACAGAGGAAGACACCUGUCCUGGCUUCUGGGACGAUGUGGUCAAGCCAUCCGCUGCACCAGCGCCUGCCUCUUCAAACAGUGCCUUCCCAACAUUGACUGGUCCCUCGGCCUCGUCUGCUGGACGCUCUUCUGGCAAGGGCCCCCACAGUAAAAAGGAAGAGGAACAGGUCAUGAAACUUUUUGAGACAUGCACCAAGGCAUCAACAGAUGAGCUUACCAAGUGGUGUAUGAGUGUACUCGGCGGCAUUCAGUCCUACCUGGACAUCCCCACAGUGGUGGCCAUCCUGAAGGACGUGGAGUCUCCGGCAGACUUGCACGAAUACGUGCACUCGUUCUUUGGCAGCAGCUUGGACACCAAGGACUUUGUUCAGCAGUUCUUGAGGAGGAGGGAGGGGUGCCAUAAGGGCUCCAGUGAGAGUGCGGAGAGAUACGAGGUUCACAGACAUACCACAGUGCCAAACGCGUCCCGGGACGAGGUCUCGCUGUCGUCCGACGGGUUCACAGCUGCGCGCAGUAAGAAAAAGAAGAAGAACAAGAUGCAGAAGAUGGACAGUUCUCUUCUGGGUUUCACGGUGCAGGCUGACCCAUCCAGGGUGAACGUGGGAGAAAUUGACCGUGGGGACGGCUUUUAAAGUGGGGGGAGGGGAGAUCUCUCUUUAUUUUGCCUUUGAGAAGACUUGUACAUACUGAGCCACACCCACCCAUAGUUAUUUAUUAAAGGGAUGACUAAAUAGAACAUUUAAACUAGUUACCUUUGGCUCAUCAGUUUUAGUUAGAUUGUAAUGAUUUGCACUGGAGGUCUGUCCGCCAUUUUUACAGUGAAUACAUUUUUUUUUAUGAACAAAAAGCACUGGCUUAAUUUCUGUGUACAUGCCCUGAAAUCACUUCUGCCUUGCAUGAUCAUUGCUCAGUUACUGAUGGUUCUUAUUGUACAUGAAUGCCGUAGUUCGCUUUAUUAUUUUUUUUUCCCCUCUUCGCUUUUAAUGCAGAUACUGUGUGUGCCAGCAUACCACAUGUGUUACUAAGUGUCUAGUUGACUUCUGAAUACUGCCAACACUGAGGGUUCUGGUCACCGCCCAAGUGAGUUUUGUCGCAGUGAGCUUUCAGGCCAAAAGUAGCAUUGAACACAUUCAUCUUGCGAAUAUGUUUGAGCUUCUUUUUUUCCUUCCUUCAGCAGCAAUUUGCAUGCGAGUGCUAUUCCCUCCCGCAGAAUUUAGCUUUACAAUUGUGAUUUCAUGGCGCCGAUGUAGAAUUGCACGGGGCAUUGCUAGACAGCCGUACCGAUGUAGUUUUUCCAGGCCUCCAAGCUCGAUUUGCAAAUACCGAAAUGUCAACACAACUACUGCACUGUACCAGAAGCCAUUUGUCCCCCCCUGUGCCCCUGUGUGUGGAAAGUUCAAUGUGCAACAUGCAUAAUGUAACAAUGGAGUCUGGAAGAUGCUGCAAUAUGCACUUGUACAUACCAAAUCAGCUCUAGUGCCUUAAUGCUCAGACACGUGAGGUAAUUGUUGUGAUGUGGUUUUUUUGUAAGAUAUGACUGUUUUCCGUACAAGCUGUACAAGUUCCCCUCUCAUCGAAUAAACCAUAUUGGUUUUUGCA